AUGCUCUCGCAAAAUUCCCAAGCCUUGACCGUAGGCUCCGUGGCUCUCUUGUUAACCACCUUGAGCAGUAUUCCCGCCGUCAAAAGCAUUAUUGCGCGCACCCGCCGUACCCUAUCCGAACAAGAUGACACCGCCACCGAAAAGGCCGCUUAUCACGACGAGGAUGGUGUGGCGACGGAGGAAUCACUUCUCAAGUUCUCGGAUAUCUGGCAGCGUGUCGCGAUCGUCCUGUUCUCCUCGACUGGGCUUCUCGCGACUCUGGGACUUGCCAUCCUGACAACAUCGAAACCCCACACAAGGACCCCGGUCUUCGCGUGGCUUCAGUUCGCCGGUUGGCUCUUACUUCUUUUUCAAGGGGCUGUCUUCUUCGUGGAACCCAGAUCGACGGAACGAUACACCCUGGGUCACUUCGCCUUCCUGGGAAGCAUCUUCACGAUCCUGGUCGGCGGCUUUGAUCUUCACAGCAAUGACCGGGUUCGCCAUAGUCUCACGGACGACCAAUUGUGGCUGAGUCUGACCACAGUUCAGCUUGCAAGUGCCGUUGUACGAGCGCUGGCGAGCAUCCUGCUGCCCCGUCGCCCGGAUGUCUUCCACGACGGUGCUUUGAUCGACAGGGAAUUUUCGGGAUCUGCCUUGAGUCGAUAUUCAUUCGCCUGGGCCAGCGGCCUCCUCAACUACACCGCGAAGAACCGCACGCUGGCCCUCACGGAUCUGCCCAAACUUCGAGCCCAGACAAGAGCAGAGAGCCUCCAUCCUCGCUUUGAGCAAGCCAAGCAGUCUCGCAAAACUUGGCAAGCCAUCGUACGGGCGCACUGGCCAGCCAUACUCUCGACCCUGCUUCUCACUCUGCUGGUUGGUCUUUUGAGCAUCGGCCCGCAGCUGGCGCUGCUCAAUAUCUUACAAGCCUUGGAGGGUCGAGGUAGCAGCAACUGGGACCCCCUGCGGGCGAUCUCCUGGAUUGUGGGCCUAGGAUCCCUGAUGAUUAUCUCCUCGCUAUUUGAGGCCUGGCUGUUAUGGGUGGUGUGUGCGAAGCUCUUCAUUCCCAUCUAUGCGGAGAUCUCCGCCCUUGUUUUCGCCAAGUCAAUGCGCCGGAAAGAUGUCAAGAACGUCCAAAAAUCAAAAGAAAAGCCUAAUGCUGAAGCCACGACAGAAAAUGGAUCGCGGACCAAGGAGGAGGACGAGGAGGAGCUUGACGACGAGGCCUCUGUGAAAAAGACGAGACAGAGCAUCAUCAACUUGGCCGCCGUCGACGGAAGACGCAUCACUCAAUUCACCACAUUUGCCUACCUCAUCCCUUCCUCUAUCUUCAAGCUGAUCCUCGGGUGUGGCUUUUUGAUCAAGAUCCUAGGAUGGCGCAGCGCUCUGUCCGGCAUUGCAGUUGCGGUUCUGGUCACGCCCCUGAACUCCUUUGCAGCCAAACGCUACACGGGCGCUCAAGUCAAGCUCAUGAAGAUGAGAGAUCAGAAGCUGGCCAUUGUCACAGAGGUGCUGCAGGGGAUUCGCCAGAUCAAGUUCUCGGGCCUCGAAGCCCAGUGGGAAGCUCGGAUCCGGGUGGCGCGAGAGAAAGAACUGAGCGCUCUGUGGAGGUCUUUCUUUUUCGACAUCAUCCUGAUGGGCAUCUGGAUUCUUGGACCUAUUGGUCUCUCGGCAGUCUCUUUGACAGUCUAUGCCAUGCUCCAUGGUGGACUCUCUGCCUCGGUUGCCUUUACUGCCAUGUCUGUCUUUAGUUCCCUCGAGCUUUCUCUUGCCAUAUUGCCAGAGAUAAUUUCCCAAGGGCUGGAGGCAAAGGUCAGCGCGGACCGAAUUGAUACCUAUAUGGCCUCAUCGGAAAGGGUGGUUACUACCAUCCCGGCUGACGAAGUCGCGUUCAAGAAUGCCUCGGUCGCCUGGCCAUCGGAGCAGGACGCUGGCACCGCAGAGGACACUGAUCGCUUUGUGCUACGCAAUCUCGAUCUUGCCUUUCCCAAGCAAGGCCUCAGUAUCGUGUCGGGCCGCACUGGGUCUGGCAAAAGUCUGCUUCUGGCUUCCAUCCUCGGGGAAGGUGACUUGCUUCAGGGAACCGUACAUGUGCCCGUACCACCUCCCAUCGAAGAUCGGUUCGAUCAACGGGCUACAAGUGCCAGUUGGAUCAUCGAUUCAGCCAUUGCCUAUGUCGCUCAAAUCCCAUGGAUUGAAAAUGCAACAAUCAAGGAUAAUAUUUUAUUCGGACUGCCCUACGAUGAAGCGCGUUACCGGAAGACUAUCUCUGCGUGCGCGCUGCAGAAGGACCUGGAGAUGCUGCCCGAUGGCGAUCUGACCGAUAUCGGAGCGAACGGGGUCAAUCUCAGUGGUGGCCAGCGAUGGCGAGUCUCCUUUGCACGCGCCUUGUAUUCUCGUGCGGGCAUCCUCAUCAUGGAUGAUAUCUUCAGUGCUUUGGAUGCCCAUACAGGCCGUUAUGUCUACGAAAACGCACUCACUGGUGAGCUUUGCCAAGGCAGAACGCGCAUUCUGGUGACGCAUCAUGUUGGCCUGUGCCUCUCUCGCGCGGACUAUUGGGUGGAAUUGGAAGAUGGAUACGUCCGCUAUGCUGGCCUAGUCACUGAGGACAAACGGUCAAAUCACCCAGGGCACCCUCUGCAUGAGGGAGAUGGCGGUGAUGAGACGGCGCUCCUCGAAGAGGAAUCCGUGGAGCAGGUAAUUUCCCACACCUCCCAUCGGCGACUUAGUACCGUACAACAGGAGACGACAGCCAAGCCGGCAGCGGCGAAGAAGUUUGUAGAGGACGAAAAGCGAGAGGUUGGCUCGGUCCAAUUUUCAGUUUACAAGGCCUAUUUCUCUAUCGGUGGCCACAGACUUCGAUGGUACAUCACGGCGAUUGUCUUCCUUGCAUACACUUCCUUCUUGGUCGGCAGGUCAUGGUGGAUUAACGUGUGGACUGGCUCGUCAUCGCAAUCCCAUGUCAGCCUUAAGCAGUACAGCAUGGUUAUGUGGCAACAGCCUAUAUCGAAUGUCAACGCAGCGCCCCUAGACUCGGAGCUCAAGAUGUAUUUGGGCAUCUAUAUCGCAGUCAGUGUGCUUGCGUGCGCUAUGGGCACCCUGCGCUUCUACCUGAUCCUCUCGAUGAGUGUCCGCGCAGCCCGCAAUCUCUUCAACCGCCUGACAUACGCCGUGCUCCGUGCCCCGAUGCGCUGGCUGGACACUGUACCACUGGGUCGAAUCCUGAACCGUUUCACAUCCGACUUCAAUUCCGUGGAUUCAAUCAUCGGAUAUCAGCUGGCCUUUGUGGUGACGCAAAUGCUUAAUGUCUGCGGGAUCGUGGUGGCAGGCGUUAUGGUCAGUCCAUUGGUGAUCAUCCUCGCCGUGAUCCUCCUGAUCGUGUGUCUCAGCCUGGCCCUAAAAUAUUUGGCGGGGGCGCGAGAGGUCAAACGCCUCGAAAGUACUGCCAAGAGCCCUAUCUUCGAGCAUUUCGGGUCCAGUCUGGCGGGACUAGUCACCAUUCGCGCAUUCAGCAAAGCGGAUGUCUAUACGGGCAUGAUCUACAAGAGAAUCAACGCGCACGCGCAAGCCUGGUGGGCUAUGCUGCUGUUCAACCGCUGGCUGGCCUUCCGCAUGAGCGUCGUUGGAGCACUAUUCGCCACGUUGACUGCGGCUCUGAUUGUGAGUUUGCCAAAUAUCUCGGCCUCGCUCGCCGGGUUUGCACUUAGCUUCGGGUUGCUGUUCAACACAGCAAUCGGCAUGGCAUUGCGGAGCUAUGCGGAUGUCGAGCUUAGUAUGAAUGCGACCGAGCGAGUUAUCGAGUAUUCCAAGAUCGAGCUUGAGAACCAGGGCGGGGUUGACCCUCCCGCGGCGUGGCCUACCGAGGGUCGUCUGGAAGUCCAGGAUCUGGUCGUAGGAUAUGCGCCUGAUUUGCCUCCAGUCCUCAAGGGAUUAAGCUUUGCUGUUGAGAAGAACCAAAGAGUUGGCGUCGUUGGCCGCACGGGUGCUGGAAAGUCGUCAUUAACCCUUGCUCUGUUCCGAAUCCUCGAGGCCCGCGAGGGUAAUGUUUUAAUUGAUGGGCUGGAUGUUGCUAAGCUCACGCUGCACAGCCUGCGCACUCGGCUCGCUAUCAUUCCUCAGGAUCCAGUUCUUUUCUCCGGAACUGUGCGGUUCAACCUUGACCCUUUCGAGGAGUACACCGAUGCAGAACUCUACGAUGCUCUGGCACGCGUGCAUCUCAUUUCCCAGAGCGAUGAAGAGAUCGCUACAGCUGCCGAUACAACAAGUCCAACGCAUCGUCCAAACACGAACAAAUUCACCUCGUUGUCUGCUCCAAUCUCAGAAGGGGGUCUAAACCUGUCACAAGGCCAGCGUCAACUGCUCUGCCUCGCACGCGCGAUCGUAUCGCGCCCGAAAAUCAUGUUUUUGGACGAAGCCACAUCCGCUGUGGACAUGGAGACGGAUGCCCUUAUUCAGCAGUCCAUCCGCGCCGAGUUCGGCCGCAACAACACCACGCUCCUGGUAAUCGCACAUCGACUGAGUACUAUCGCAGAUUUCGACCGCAUCUUGGUCAUGGAUGCCGGAAGAGCGGUUGAAUUUGGGGCACCCAAGGAGCUGCUGGGGAUUGCGAACGGGGUUUUCAGGAGCCUGGUAGAUAACAGUGGCGAGAAGGAAGUGUUGGAAAAGAUUAUUCUCCGGGGUGACUAGACAGCCGGGGUCGCCGUAACAGCGAUGUUCCAGCACAUCUGCUCGUUCAAGAUCCGAUGAAAUUGAUAUAUGUAUCUAGUAUAUAAUGCAUAUCUGGGUUCGAGUAAGGAGAAGCUGGAAGGAAUAACCCAUACAAAGAGAUUGAAUGUCUACCUAGUAAAAAUCAAGAU